UUUUGUGGACGAUUUUAAACUACACGCGUUUGCAGUCACUGCUGCCUUCGUGUGUGUAAUCUGUAAACACAGCUUCAGCCAGUGGACUCCUGUUCUUCCUCAACCGAACAUGGUAACCGUGAAAACAGUCAAUAAAAGCUCAAACGCGCUGUAAAGGUGGUUGCCAGUGUUAGCUGUGAGUGCAGAAAGCAGGAAGAAACCAGAUGUCGACAGAAAAACCAACCCCCAUCUUGAACACUCAACGUUUGCUCACCCCACCCUCACACACACUCACUCUGCACCUUCCAUGGAGUUACACAGCUGUGAAAGGUCUUUACAGGAGACAUAAAAGUGGAAUUAUGAGCUCUGAACGUGGGAUGUUGUCACUCGUCACCCUGCUGUGUAUUUCAGGUAGGAUUAUUCUGCUUCUGCUGAACAGCUGUGACUGUACCAGGAGUUAUCCUGCUGUGUUGUUCUUUACUAACAAACCUAGAUAAGACUAAAUUAAUGGAAUUAAUGCCAGGCGACCACUUGCAGCUGUGUGGAGUUCAGCUCCCAGCCACCCUCACCUUUGAAGUGCUUACUUCAACAGUGAGAGCACGUGAAGAAUCAUAUACAGCUGCAAGUGGCCGCUUGGCAUUGCGACUGGCUUCUUUUUCUCUGCUGGUUCAGGUUCUCAACAUUUGCUGCAGUGUCCCCUCUUCCUGCACUGCCAGCAUACCAGUUGCUCCACUGUUACUUGCUCGGGGUCUGCUUGGUACACCAUCUCCUCCUUGAGCUACUCAGCAGCAUUACACUGUGUUGCUCCCCAUGGCAGAUCGACUGACCCGUGUGGUGAACUGCAUGUGCUGUCUCCGCUCCUUUGGCAGCAGCAUGUUCAGGAAGUGCUUCAAUGCUAAUUCAUCCUGCACAGCUUUCUUGAACAUUGGUUAUGCCUGCCGAACCAUCGUACUCUGCCCUCCCUUUAGCCUGACCUCUCCAAGAAGCAGCCGUCGGCACCUGCCCGGAGCAUCACUGGGGAGCUGCAGUCAACACCACUAAACCUUAAUGUUGUUCAGACAGCAGUUCCACAAGCCCCUGUAGUGCUUUCCUCUCCAGUGUUAAACACAGCUGUGUCACAGUGACUGCUGCCAGGCAACAACUUGCAGCUGUGUGGAGUUCGGCCCACAGGUGCCUUUGUGGUAAGUAGAGUCGCAGCGUCUCUCUGACCACUCUAGCUGGGCUCAGAUGCUGAGCCUUGCCCUGCUGUUUCCUUCAGUGCCUUCCCCUGCCAAUCUAGCUGGACCUAUCAAGGAGGGUCUAUGCACUAUGGACUCUGACCUCUUUGCCAUCUGCCUUUAAGUUUGUUGAUGUACUGCUUGGUGGCUGUAUCCCAUUUCUGACCACUGUUUUUAGAAGGAGACAUUGGCUGUACAAGCAAAUGCUUUUUUUAUUGCACAGGCACGACAUAAUCUACAGUGAUAAUUUAGCAUACUAGAUUAAACUGUAGGCUGAAAAAAGCGAAAUAAUGGCAUUAAUUAAAAACAAAUAAAAAAAAUACAGAGAAAUGGUAAUUACACUUAAAUAUGGUUGUGUUGAAUGUAUGUUGUUGAAUAAAGGAGGAGACUGAGCUAAAGACGGUGGUGUCGUAAUGCAAAAUGCUCAGACACUUGCGAAUCUCUGCUGUGCUACUCAACAGCGCAACAGUGUCUCUGCUUAGUCAUUUACUUUCCUAGUAAAUGUUUGCCUUAUCCUGUAUUCUGUUAUCCUGUAGACCAUGCUGCCAUGACUUCCCAAACAUCAGGAAAUAUAACAGAACCGGUGACCCUCAUAUUACUGGCAGUCCAACCCAAAAAAUGGCCGCCGUCAGCCUCAGCAGGUUGCGUUUUCAGAAGCGCUUCAUAUUAUUGCUGUCCAUAACCUUCAUUGUGUCUGCCACUGUUUUUGUGUCCAAAGUGUGGUUCAGCAAUUUCGCCAAGUUUACCACACUUAAAAAAGUCAGAAAUCGAACAGUAAUAAAUAUGGCCUGUCUCACGAGACACGACAGAACAAUCAAACAACUGAUGUCCGAUGCCAAACACACCACAAACAGACAUAACGUGACGGACAUGCUCAGUAUGGAGUCCAUGACGGCUGUUCCAGUGAAAGAAGCGUCAUCCAUCUGUUACCAUGAAGCGUAUCCACACAACUACCGCUUCAUCAUAGACGAGCCCCAUAAGUGUGAACAAGAGAACCCGUUUCUGGUCCUCAUGGUUCCAGUGGCUCCGCAUGAACUGGAGGCGCGCAACGCCAUCCGGAGAACAUGGGGUAAUGAGAGCGUGGUCCAAAACAAAAACAUCACGGUGGUCUUCUCGCUGGGUCUGCCUGGGAUUGAGGCUGAGAAACAACAGGAGGAACUAAGGCUGGAAAACCAGCUGUACCAUGAUCUCAUCCAGAGCGACUUCAUGGACUCAUACCUCAACUUGACGAUAAAGACCAUGGUAAUCAUGGACUGGCUGGCCACACGUUGCCCACAGGCAUCCUACGCCAUGAAGAUCGACUCUGACAUGUUCUUGAAUCUGGAGAACUUGAUGAGCUUGUUGCUGAGACCUGAUACUCCUAAAGAAGACUAUAUUACAGGAAAGGUUAUGUGGAAUGUACCGGUCAUCCGGGACAAGAACUCCAAGUGGUAUGUGCCAGAGGAAUUAUAUGAUGAAGACUACUACCCAACAUACCUGCUGGGGAUGGGUUAUGUCUUCUCCAAUGACCUUUCAGGGAAGAUUGUUAAGGUUUCAAAAGAAAUUAAGCCGUUUAACAUAGAGGAUGCAUACGUGGGUGCCUGUGUGGAACGAAUAGGAAUUUCACCUUCAGACCCUCCCAAUCCCUCCCAGUUUAAGGACUAUUUUAGCGGUAGGUAUAAACGAAAAGAGUUUGCCAGUGUGAUCACCACCAUCCUUCACUCCCCACAGCAGCUGAUCACAUUCUGGCAGGACCUAAAGGGCCCACAUGAACGACUUGGAGUUGAAAGACUCAUAACUGAUGAUAUUUGGGAUAUAUUUGGCUGACAUUUUCUUGCAUUGCUUUUGCAGUAGCUAUAUGGCAGAAGUCCUCUAUCUUCACAGUUUAAUCAGAACUGAAAAAAAGCUGCUUGCAUAGCUAUUUAGUCCCUUCAGACUAGUACUUGAUAGAACCACCUUCUGCUGCAAUAACAGCUUCCGACCAGCUUUGCACCCUGUUUGGGAAAGAUUUUCACCCGUUCUUCUUGGUAGAUUUGCUUCUUGUUAUUCGGGUUUGUUGGAUGGUCCAUGUGGAUGACAAUUUACUGAUAGUGCCAUAGAUUUGUGAUUCGAUUGGACUUGGUCCAAAACAGGGUGUGUCAAAAGUCACAGGACACUGUUUUAUUUUAUUUUUUAUUCUGUCACAAGCCUCAGUGGUGCUGUGCUGAAGGUGGUGUUUGUUGUGGAUUUUCUCAGCAUACACAAUUUGUUUGAGAUGACCCCAGAGAUAAAAGUUGAUAAUAAAAUAAAAUAAAACGGUGCCCUGUAGAACAUUCACCUGUUUUGUUGCUCAGCUACUCCUGCAUUGUUUUGUCUUUAUGCUUUGGAUCACUGUCCUGCUGAAAGGUCUGGCAGGUAUCUCUUUGUAUUUUGCACCAUUUGUACUUCAGUUUUAAUAAGAUGCCCAGUCCCCACUGAGGAAAAGCAUCUCCACCAACAUGAGGCUCCUCACAACAUUAUGCUGAUGGUGUUUGUUGGGCACUGAACAGUGUUAGGUUUGCACCACACAUAAAACUUUGAAUCUUGGCCAUACAUACACAAAACAUUAUCCCACAUGUCCAGACAUGUUAUGAUUUCUUCUACCCACCCUCUUAUACAGGCCAAUUAUAUGCAGGGCUCUUGAUGUUGUUUCCUGGUGCACCUUCACUCCAGUCUCAGCCACUGAGCUCUGUAGCUCUUUCAGAGUGAGUGUUGCCGUCUCUGUGGCGUCUGUUACAGACUCCCCCUCCUGCUUUCUUGCUAAGUUUUGAGAGACAGCCUUGUCCAGGCAGUGUCUGGGUGAUAUGAUGCAGCUUCCAUUUGCUCAUAGUUAAUUGACCAGUUCUCAAAAUGAUCCAGACACUUGGAUUUUAUUUUGUGACUGUCAGAUUCACAGUUUAAUAAAUCAGACUUGAGCUAAGGGGGUCCUUUAUCCAGUAAAGGUGAACUUUCUAAAUAAUUCACAAGCAGAGGCCACUUGUAAGCAUCUUGUGUCCUCAUAUGGAAAUGAUGAGCUUCCACAUCACAGGGGCUGAAUAUUUAUGCAAGCAGCAUUUUUUAUAUACACUGCUCAAAAAAUAAAGGGAACACUCAAAUAACACAUCCUAGAUCUGAAUGAAUGAAAUAUUCUCAUUGAAUACUUUGUUCUGUACAAAGUUGAAUGUGCUGACAACAAAAU